UCCACCGCCCGGCGAAGAGCAGGUGGUGUCGGGGACGCCUGGGACGAGGAGCCCCGGGAGUGCUGACGGACAGGCGGACUGGGCACUGGGGCGCCCCGGCCCAGGCACAGCGAUCGGACGGGAACAGACCGGACCCGGCCCCCAAGUCCGCCCCGCCGCGCCCGGCGGACGCGCGCGAUCGGGUCGCCCCACGCGGCGGCGCCGCCUGUUUACGUUUGCAGAUCUCCAGGGAAGCCGACCAUCGUGGCCAGCAUGGCCUCUGAAGACAUUGCCAAACUGGCAGAGACCCUGGCCAAAACCCAGGUGGCCGGAGGACAGCUGAGUUUUAAGGGCAAGAGCCUCAAGCUGAACACUGCGGAAGACGCUAAAGACGUGAUUAAAGAAAUUGAAGAGUUCGACGGCCUGGAGGCUCUGCGCUUGGAGGGCAACACCGUGGGCGUGGAAGCGGCCAGGGUCAUCGCCAAGGCCUUAGAGAAGAAGUCGGAGUUGAAGCGAUGCCACUGGAGCGACAUGUUCACCGGGAGGCUGCGCUCUGAGAUCCCACCAGCCCUGAUCUCACUAGGGGAGGGUCUCAUCACCGCCGGAGCCCAGCUGGUGGAGCUAGACCUAAGUGACAAUGCUUUCGGGCCCGAUGGUGUACGUGGAUUUGAGGCUCUACUCAAGAGCCCUGCCUGCUUCACCCUGCACGAACUCAAGCUUAACAACUGUGGCAUGGGCAUUGGUGGUGGCAAGGUUUUGACUUUUCUCCUGAGACCCCAGCAUGCUCCAGGCCAGUGCAGGUGGCCGUCUGUGCCGGUGCGUGCGGCUUUCCUGCCCGCUGGACACCACUUAGUGCCUGCCUCCCACCCCUUCCUUGUGUCCUUGCAGAUUAUUGGGACUCUGGAGGAGGUCCACAUGCCACAGAAUGGGAUCAACCACCCUGGCGUCACAGCGCUGGCCCAGGCCUUCGCCAUUAACCCCCUGCUGCGGGUCAUCAACCUAAAUGACAACACCUUCACUGAGAAAGGCGCCCUGGCCAUGGCUGAGACCCUGAAGACCUUGCGGCAGGUGGAGGUGAUCAAUUUCGGGGACUGCCUGGUGCGCUCCAAGGGCGCCGUGGCCAUUGCAGACGCCGUCCGUGGGGGCCUGCCGAAGCUGAAGGAGCUGAACCUGUCCUUCUGUGAGAUCAAGAGAGAUGCGGCCUUGGCCGUGGCUGAGGCUGUGGCAGACAAGACGGAGCUGGAGAAGCUGGAUCUCAAUGGCAACGCCCUGGGAGAAGAGGGCUGCGAGCAGCUUCAGGAGGUCCUGGAUGGCUUCAACAUGACCAAAGUGCUGGCUUCCCUCAGUGAUGAUGAGGGCGAGGAUGAUGAGGAAGACGACGAGGAGGAGGGAGAAGAGGACGAGGAAGAAGAGGAGGAGGAGGAAGAGGACGAAGAGGAGGAAGAGGAUGAGGAAGAAGUGCAGCAGGAAGGGCGAGGAGAGGAGUCAGCCACCCCACGGAAGAUUCUGGACCCCAACAGUGGGGAGCCGGCCCCAGUGCUGUCCUCGCCACCCCCCACAGACGUGCCCACCUUCCUGGCAUUCCCCUCCCCGGAGAAACUGCUGCGCCUCGGGCCCAAGGGCUCCGUGCUGAUAGCCCAGCAGACUGACACAUCGGACCCUGAGAAGGUGGUGUCUGCCUUCCUGAAGGUGGCAUCCGUGUUCAAGGAUGAAGCUUCUGUGAGGGCCGCCGUGCACGAUGCAGUAGAUGCGCUCAUGAAGAAGGCAUUCAGCUGCUCAUCCUUCAACUCCAACACCUUCCUCACCAGGCUCCUGGUCCACAUGGGUCUACUCAAGAGUGAAGAUAAGAUCAAGGCCGUUCCCAAUCUCUAUGGCCCCCUGAUGGCGCUGAAUCACAUGGUGCAGCAGGAUUAUUUCCCCAAGGCCCUUGCACCCCUGCUGCUGGCAUUUGUGACCAAGCCCAAUGGCGCCCUGGAAACCUGCUCCUUUGCCCGCCACAAUCUGCUACAGACACUGUACAAGGUCUAGACUCCACGCGAGCCUCUUCUCAUCCCUCAGCCUGCACCUGUGACUGGAGAGACACUGGAGGAACUGAGCCGCAGCCACACCCCCUGGGACAGGCUCCGCCCCGAGGCAGGGAGGGGGUUCGUCUGGUGUGUGGUGUGUGUUGGAUGGGUGCGUGGCCAGGUGUGUGCUUCCUGUCGGGAUUGGGGGGGGUUCAGUACUCCCUGCUGGACUGGCUCUGCUCCUCAGUGGGGUGCUGGCCCCCAGACGAAAGGGCUGCAAGCCGCUUUGCCAUUAAACUCGCCGCCAUCCGAGGAUGCUCUGCUGACAACUUGCUUCAGGCCUGAGGCCCUGGUGGCUGUCCCUGCCUCCCUGCCCCACUCCUGGGCUGCAGCAAAAACAGCUGCCCGUGUCCUGUGCCUGCCUUUGUGUCGUGGUUGGGCUGUUUCACAUCCAGCCUGGGCCUGCAGCCACUGCCUUCAUCACCAAACCAAUCAUGCCUGCUGUGCUGGCCCCUGGGACUGAGAAGAGACUGCGGGGG